AUGGUGCUGGUCGCGCGAGAAGGAGAGGAAGAAGAGGUGGAACCCUUACACCGAAGACGCAAGGGAGGCCGCAAUGGACUUUAUGUCAAGGUCAUUGCUGUAAAGAUGAACAAAGAUAAUGGUUUUUUAGAGGUGGAAAAAAAAGUAGGAGAUGAAUUGGAAUAUUACGAAAUCGAGUAUCAGCAAGACAUGGUUGGAUUGGUGCACGGCGGUAAUAGUGGGGCCGAUGUGAUGGUCACCAUCCAAGUAGUGGGAUUUCUCGUACAGUGCAGUAUCAAACCGCCAAGCUCGGUUAGUAUAGUAUUUAGCGCAGAAAAUGAGUCCGGUAUUCUUGGGUUCCAAGUUGCUGGACGAAAGUUUAAUUUAUACGUCCUUAUCCGAGAUCAUAAAGAUAUAAGCUGUCUAUUUCUUCUACGAUCUGUAGAUAUCCCGACGCAAUAUACAGAUACCAUAAAGAUAAAGCUGGAGUGGGAGCAAGCAGAGCGGCUGAAGGAGAAUGAGGAGAGGAAGAUGGAUAGAGAAGCCGUAAUGACGCUUGCUGCCCAGGUGGAGAGGGGAGGAGAUGAAGAGGCGGAUAGCUAG